AUGACUACGUUUCUGCUUUUGCUGCUAUCGACAUGUUUAAGCAUCGAGGCGAUGAUACGUGUGCCCUUGAAGAAAACGACCGUUCCAAGAAGAAGAAGCUCAUUAAUUAAAAAUUUGGCUGUUGGUUAUAAAAACUUGGCUGUUGGUAAUGAGUAUAUUCCGGGAUAUUGGAACAGCCCUUAUGACUACAACGCGGAAAAUUGGAACAACAUUCACGACAUAAUGGAAAACCUUUAUAAUAAUUUUGCUUGUGAGUACUAUGGUCCCAUCCAGAUUGGUAAUCCUCCUCAGACCUUCGAAGUCGUAUUUGACACCGGCUCAUCCAAUCUCUGGGUUCCGUGCACAAACUGCUCACAGACAACCGACUUCUGUCAGAACCACAAAAAGUUUCACUGCGAACGCUCUUCCUCUUGCCAACCGACGAAUUAUCCAUUGCCAGUUCGAUAUGGAACGGGUUCAAUGUAUGGUCUAGUUGACUACGAUAAAGUCUGCAUCGGCAAUUCGGUGAACUGCUUCAGGCAAGGAUUUGGUUGUAUGUCGGAAGUGUUCGAUAUGAAUGGCGUUCCAUACGACGGCAUUCUUGGCAUGGGGUGGCCUGCAUAUUCUGCUGAUUAUCUUCCGACACCUCUGGAAAAUAUAUUCUCUAAUCAGGAGGUGUGUCCGGAGGCUAUUUUCGCUUUCUAUCUCAGUCCCAAUUUCUCCGCAAACGCUGUUGUCGGAGAGCUGACCAUAUGUGGAAUAGACACUUCCCGCUAUCAGGUAUCGUCUUAUGACUUUCGAUGA